UGACAUUACCACGUUAUCGCUAUCGCACGUGAACAAUAGCAAGUUUUGAUUAAAUUGUGUUCGGACUUCAAAUAAACUAAUAAAAAAUCACCAAUUCCGUGACACGUUGAAAUUGAUUGAACAGUUAGAAACUAUUCCACAGUCACCAAGGCCGCAAGUAAAGAGGUUAAUUGUGAUUAUUCUGAAAAGAAAACUACUAAAAUCUUAAGCGAUGAGGCAAAUCCUACGCCUCCGAGUAUUCAGUUCGCUACUGACAUCCACAAUGAGAAGUCACACAUACAUUGAUUCUCUGGGCUCGGCCAGCAUUAUGGCCCGAGUCCUCGAUGGCAAGGCAUUGGCUGGGACCGUAAAGGACGAAUUGAAGGAACUAAUCGCAAACUGGGUGAACCUGGGCAACAGAGCACCAUCCAUCCGUUGCAUCUUAGUAGGAGAAGACCCGGCCAGCCACACUUAUGUAAACAACAAGAUCAUCGCUGCAAGAUAUGUUGGCAUUAAUGCUGAAGUGAUCAAACGUGACAGUACUAUUACUGAAGAACAACUUAUCCAGGAGAUUGAAGAGCUAAAUGCUGAUAGCAGUGUUGACGGCAUUCUGGUACAGUUGCCAAUACCUGAAACGAUGAGUGAACGGAAAGUGUGCAAUGCGGUUGCUCCGGAAAAGGAUGUUGACGGUUUCCAUAUUGUGAAUAUUGGACAGCUGUGUGUUGAUAUGCCUACAUUAGUGCCUGCGACGGCUUUGGCUGUGAUUGAGAUGCUGAAGAGGUUUAAAAUCGAAACUCACGGACGUAACGCGGUAGUGGUGGGCCGGUCUAAGAACGUAGGACUACCGAUUGCUAUGAUGUUGCAUAGUGACAAGAAGCACGACAACGGUUUGGGCAUGGAUGCUACCGUUACCAUCUGCCACCGCUACACUCCAAAAGAACAGCUGGCUAUCUUCUGUCAGAAUGCUGAUAUUAUUAUUACUGCGACAGGUGUGCCAAAACUAAUUCAGGCGAAUAUGAUCAAACCUGGUGCGACCGUUAUAGAUGUUGGAAUCACCAAAAUUACUGAUGAAAAUGGAAAAUCCAGACUGGUUGGUGAUGUUGAUUAUGAUGAGGUUGUCAAAGUGGCCGGUGCAGUGACCCCAGUACCCGGUGGAGUAGGGCCUAUGACCGUAGCUAUGUUGAUGCAUAACACCUUCCAAGCAGCCAAACAUCUUGCCCAAAAGGCCCAAUUACAGUAAACAAAACUUUAUUAUCUAGAAAACUAUCUCUCUAUAUUAUAAUUAAUUUAUAUUGUUACUGUUACAUACAAUCUGAUUGAUUUCAGUGGCUUUAUUGAAACAUCAACUUUAUUUCAUUGAAAUAGAGGCUAUUUUUGUGUAAUUGAUGUUAAGUUACUGACCAACUAUUUUUUUUUAGUGUUCAAGUUUCAUUCAAUCUUUGGCAGUUUUUUUCGAAUUUGUAACGUAAAGGAAUCUCUAAACCGGAAUAAUUUGAAACUUUUCUCAAAAUUUUAAAUUCCAUUGUGCCUUUAAAAGUACCUAUAUAUUUGAAUUAAGAUUAGUAUAUAAGGAUCAUUGAGUAUUAUAAAUAUAAUUAGAUAAGUGGGUAUAUAGGUAAUUAUAAGUAAAGGUCGAUUCAUAUUAAGUCUAACAAAGGUAUCAAUUCUGAUAUGUAACAGCAAAAUCACACGUAUCUCCGGUAAAUAAAGUGCAUAUUCCUUCUAACAUCGUUUGUUGCGUUCAGACGUGCUACUUUUUUUAUCACCAAAGGGUUUUGUGCAUUAGAUACCGGAGAUAAGGUUGAAUUUCCUGUGGCAUUUCAGAUUGACGCUUUGAUUUGCUAAUAUGAAUGGACUCUAAGAUUAUCAUCUAGUGAAAACACCUACAAAAGAUUUCUAUAUAACUUUAUAUAGUUUUUAUAUUGAAACAUUCCUCUAUUUAUUCAGGAAUGGCUGUGAAUAUUAUAAUGUUGAUACUUUAAAAUUCCGUCGAAUGUGCAAUAUUGAACUUUAUCGACAUAUCCUUAAGGUAAAUAUUCCUUUGAGUCUUCCAGUGUUGCAGUGUCUUCCAGUGUUUUAAGACUUAAGUAGAUUCCUAAUCUAACUCUUAAAUCAAUUCCAAUAAGGUUCAAUAUUGCCUAAAUCUAAUUAUGAAUUAGUAAUUCAAUUGUGUUAAUCCGAUUAAUAUGAUUUGCACUGUAUUUUAAUUUAUUCCUAUUUUUAGAUCUGUAAGGUAAAGACGUAUGUUGAAAAUUAAACUUUAAGUUUAAUGUAUUUAGAAUACAUAUUAGCUUGACUAAUAUUUUUUGUUGUUCCAUACAACUUUAAUUAUUAUAAUAAAAUAAAUCUUUCUGUUUAAA